AGCAGUUUUUAAUAGUAAAGAAGUUUUAUUUCAAAUUGUUUAUAAACACACAUCAAACCAAUUGCAAUGGAGGUCGACGAGGAAGAUUUCGAGGUACCAACUUCAAGUAGCAAAGGCGAAAAGAAGCGUUUCGAUGUGAAAAAGUGGAAUGCCGUCGCUUUAUGGGCCUGGGAUAUUGUUGUAGACAAUUGCGCUAUUUGUCGUAACCAUAUAAUGGAUUUGUGUAUAGAAUGUCAGGCCAAUCAGGCGUCUGCUACCAGCGAGGAAUGUACUGUUGCGUGGGGCGUCUGCAAUCAUGCUUUUCAUUUUCAUUGCAUCUCACGUUGGUUAAAAACCCGACAGGUGUGUCCAUUGGACAACAGGGAAUGGGAGUUCCAGAAAUAUGGCCACUAGGAGUUUCCAAGCGGUAAUUGAGGGAUCUUGCUCUUUUUUAUUUCAUCUUCAAAACAAUAAAGGCGCUAUUCAAAUCGCCCACAUAUAAUUUAUAACGCGUUUGCUAUUAAACUGCAGUAUUUUUGGUUUAACGCUAAAUAAUAACCUAUAACUAGUUUGUCAAAAUGAUUGCAAAAUAAAUGAAUUUGAUACAAAAGUAUAAAAAGUA